AUUGAUGGUAUGCAAUUAGAGUUUAAAGAGAUUGUGUGAUCAUAAUGAAACUCACAAAAAAUGAGGACGAUCUAAAACAAAGAAAGCAAGCGUGAUAAAAGUUGAAGGGUUAACACACCACACAUUGAAAUAUUUCUAUCCUGGAAGUGAACCAUCUCUGCGUUUUAUAUGUUAUAUAAUUCUUGAAAGUAUCUAAGUACAAGAAAUUGCACUAAACCAAAAACUAUUGAUUCAUCCUAUUUUUCUCUCACUUGCCACAAUUCUCUAAGCCUUGAGCCCAAAGGGGAUAUCCCCCAACCAAUAGAAAAUAAAGGGUGGAGUAUUUAUUUGCUCCUCGUGAAACACUUGACUUGACAGUUCACAAGUUGAAAAUUAGUCAAAAUCUCAUCCACUCAAAAAAGGAGCUGGAGGCACGGGAUUUUUGAAAAAAUUCCCCCCGUCCUCAGUUUCUCCGAUGUAAAGUCAAAUGAUCCGUGAAUUUCCAGUUGGGAGAUUUAAAUACCAUAAAGGGGCUCUAUUGCUUCUAAAUCAACUGAAUUUCCAUUCCCAUCAUUUGGAUGAAAAAUCAUUACAUUCAUGGCUAAUUUCUGCUGCUCCAUUGAACUGGAACCUCGCACCUUAAACCAAGGCCAACUCAACCAUGUCCGGGAAAUUGCUGUGGACAUAGUUCAGAGAAAAGAACCUGAUGAUGAAGCCUCAAUGAUACUUAAUCAUGAUCAGGGACUGCGGAAGCCUGUGGUGGCAACCAAAGAAACGGUGGUGCUGGUGGUUUCAGACGUGGCAACUCCGCCGCCCAGCAAGGAAGUAAUCGAGACGGAGAUUACUACUGUGGAGACAUAUUGCCAGUGUUCCGCUUCUGCACUUACGGUGGAGUCCUCUCCGGAGGAGUGUAGGGUUAAAGAGCCGCUCUCCGCCCCCUUUUGAGCCCUAAUUUUCCGUGUAGUGAUGGAAGAACAUUAUUGUUUAGCUGUGUAGUGGAGACUGGAGAACAUUGUACAAUGCUCAAAAGAAAUAAAAUUCUGCUAAUUGAUUAAAAUUUCCAAAAAUUAAA